UGGGGCCGGAGCCGGCGGCCGCGGCUCUUUUCUGCACUUGACGUCUGACCGCGGCUCGGCUGCGGAGCUGGUCGGCCCCGGGUACAUGUGGAGGCUCUCGGGCGUCCGCGCCGUGCUUCGUGGAGUGCGCACGGCGGUGGAGCGGCGCAGCCAGGCGGAGGCGCCGGCCGAGGGGCCCGCGAUGGAGCGUGCGGUGGUCCGCUGCGUGCCCUCGGAGCCGAAGCUCAGCCUGUCGUUCGCCUUGGCCGACGGCAGCCACAAGAACAUGCAGCGCGACCAGAGCGAGCCGCUGGGUCGGGCCCUCAGCCGCAUCGCCACCAACGCCCUCAAAGGCCACGCGAAGGCAUCUGCCGCCAAGAGGAGGAAGAACCGGCCCGCUGCGAGCGGCGCCGGAGCCGGAGCCGAGCCGACGGCCCCCAGCGAGCCGGUGGUGAAGCUGUACUACCGAGAGGAGGCCGUGGCGGAGGACGUGCUCAACGUGGACGCCUGGCAGGACGGGGCGGUGCUGCAGAUCGGCGACGUCAAGUACAAGGUGGAACGCAACCCGCCCACCUUCACCGAGCUGCAGUUGCCGCGUUACCUCAUGGCCGGCUUCCCCGUGUGCCCCAAGCUCAGCCUGGAGUUCGGGGAUCCCGCCAACUCCCUCUUCCGCUGGUACAAGGAAGCCAAACCCGGAGCUGCGGAGUCGGAGGGCGGGGGACCCUCGCCCUUGUCUCCCUCUUCGCCCUCUCCUGUUUGGACGGAGACGGGUGUAGAUGCACGCGUCUACACCCCGUCUAACGCCGACAUCGGUCUCCGGCUCAAGCUGCACUGCACCCCCGGCAACGGGCAGCGCUUCGGGCCAAGCAGGGAGCUGGAAAGUUGCCCCGUGGAGGCCGGGCCCGGCACCUGCACCUUUGACCACCGGCAUCUCUACACCAAGAAGGUGGCGGACGAUGCGCUCAUCCGCACCGUCUCCUACAACAUCCUGGCCGACUCGUAUGCCCAGACAGAGUUCUCGCGGACGGUCUUGUAUCCGUAUUGUGCCCCUUACGCCCUGGAGCUCGACUACCGCCAAAAUCUUAUCCAGAAGGAACUCACGGGCUACAAUGCCGACCUCAUCUGUCUGCAGGAGGUUGACCGUGGCGUGUUCACUGACAGCUUGAUGCCUGCCCUGGACGCGUUCGGGCUGGAGGGUGUGUUUCGAAUCAAGCAACAUGAAGGCCUGGCCACUUUCUACCGAAAAUCCAAGUUUAAUCUCCUGAGCCAGCAUGAUAUUUCCUUCCAUGAUGCCCUGGAGUCUGACCCACUGCACAAAGAACUGGUGGAAAAACUCGUUUUGAACCCAUUGGCGCAUGAGCGGGUUCUCCAGAGAUCUUCCGUCCUUCAGGUUUCUGUCCUUCAGUCUACAAAAGAUCCUUCUAAAAAGAUAUGUGUUGCUAAUACCCAUCUGUAUUGGCAUCCAAAAGGUGGGUACAUUCGUCUCAUUCAAGUGGCGGUAGCCUUGGCUCACAUUAAACACGUCUCAUGUGAUCUGUAUCCUGGCAUACCAGUUAUAUUUUGUGGGGACUUUAACAGUACCCCAUCAACAGGAAUGUAUCAUUUUGUCAUCAAUGGCAGUAUUUCGGAGAACCAUGAAGACUGGGCCUCCAACGGGGAGGAAGAACGUUGCAACAUGUCUCUUACCCAUUUCUUCAAACUGAAAAGUGCAUGUGGUGAACCUGCGUACACAAAUUAUGUUGGUGGCUUUCAUGGAUGUCUGGAUUACAUUUUUAUUGACUUAAAUGCUUUAGAGGUUGAACAGGUGAUUCCAUUACCUAGUCAUGAAGAAGUUACCACCCACCAGGCCUUACCUAGUGUUUCCCAUCCUUCUGAUCACAUAGCACUGGUAUGUGACUUAAAGUGGAAAUAGAAUUACAUUUAAUUGAUUUUUUAAGAUGUCUUUAAUAGGAAAUUAAUAUAAAUCAAACCUUACAUGUAACUUUCAAAAAGGAAAACUAGACACUAAGCUCAAAUGUUCUUGCCCUACUUGUAAUGUCCCAGUAUCUUCAUUACAUGACUGUUCAUGUUUGCGUAGAUAGUUUCUCUGACUUUUUUUUUCUACACUUAGACAAAAAACUUAUAUUUAUGACUAUCAGGAAGAAAACUGAAUUAUUGUGUAUCUUUUAUAAGUACUUUUUAUUUAGCUAGUAAAUAAUUUUAAGUGCCAUAUGAAUGAGUCUACCAUUUUUCUGUCACGAUACCUUUCCAAUUGAAUCAUGUUCGUACAGAGGGAAAGUACAUACAAACUGGAGUGAGAGGCCUAAGUUGUGAUCCCUGGAAGGAAUAACAUUAGGAUCUACCUCUACCUCAAUUUGAUUAACAAUUUAAAACACCUUCAAAGCUUUAACAAAAGAUUAAAGUAUACUAUCAAAAUUGUUACUGCUUCUUUUUUUCAAUUAGCAUAAAUUGUCUGUUUUUAGGAGUUUAACUUUUAAUGGAUGGUAUAGAAGAACUUAUAUUUCCAUUCUUACUGCAGCUCAUUUUAAAUUUUGGAAUAUAAUCAAUUUAAAAUUCAGUUGAUAGCAGUGAAGUUAGCUUGAUCCCAUUGUUUUCAAUUACGCUCACCUGUAAAAAACAAGUCAGUAGGGCCUAGACCAUUUGAUAUUAGAUAAAACAUACAGCACAAUACAUUACUUACUGAGAAAUUGACCUACUGAAAUUUUUGAUGAACUAUUGAUCAUAUCUUUCUAUACUACAAAUAUUUUCAAAAUUGUUUAUGAAUAGAAAUGAAAGUAGGGCUUCUGAACAUCUCAAAAUUUCAAAUAAAAUAUAUAUAUACUUGGAGCAUUUUAGGUUAGUUAGGAGGAAUCACUAUAUACAUAAAAUCUAUAUACUGUAAGAAACAGUAAUAUAUAUUAGAAGUCAAACUUGUGCUAGUCUUGAGUGGUAACCACUUUUUUGACUCGGUAUCACCAUACUUUAUUUAACUGUUGGUUUGUUGAUAUUCAAGAUAGCUGUAACUUAUCACAUUUCUGCAAUUCCUGAUUUAGGUAUUAAAAACCCACUAACCUUGGCUUUGCUUUUUCUUGUGGGGGGCCGUAUUGGUGGUGCUAGGGGUUACUCCUAACUCUGUGCUUAGGAAUCACUCCUAGAGUGCCUAGGGGACCAUAUGGGAUGCCAGGGAUCAAACCUGGAUCAGCAGUGUACAAGGCAAGCACCCUACCUGCUGUCCUAUCACCCCCGUCCAAAGCCCACUAACCUUGGAAGAAACUUUGAUUUUUCCAUUCACGAAAGCCUCUGUUCUAAAUUCUUUUAUCUUUAAACCCAGUCUCAUAAGAACUUUGCUCCUUUGAUAGUACUCUGUACUUUUCAUAUUUUGUCUAAUGUAUUGUUAACUCUUAGUUUAACAAGUUUGACAAACAGAGGACUUUGCUUGCACUUCUAAAUCAAACCUUGAAGACUUAAAAUACUUUUUUUUUCUUUUUUUUUAAUUUAAUAGUUUAUUUUUAAUUAGUGAGUCAACGUGAGGGUACAGUUACAGAUUUAUACAUUUUUGUGCUCAUGUUUCUCCCUUACAAAGUUUGAUAACCCAUCCCUUCACCAGUGCCCAUUCUCCACCACCAGUAAACCCAACAUCCCUCCCCCCCCUCCCCAGUCCUGUCUCCCCCCACCCCACACUGCCACUAUGGCAGGGUAUUCCCUUUUGUUCACUCUGAUUAGGUGUUGUGGUUUGCAAUAAAGGUGUUGAGUGGCCAUUGUGUUCAGGAAGACUUAAAAUACUUGAAAAGAAAAUUAAGGUGAACAAUUUGGGGAUUGAGGAUCUUGUUUAGAAAAAACUAUAAAUGAAAAUUUGAUGCUACCAAAUUGUGCCUUCUUAAAAAUAAGAUCAUUUUUAUAUCAUUUACAAAUAUAUACAUAAUCUAUUAAAGUCAUAAUCUGA